AUGACCAUCCGAUUCACUCUCGAUGGAACUGUGUUGGAAGGCGAGCACACAUUUGGAGAGGAUGUCGCCGAGCACUUGAGCAAAGUCGUCAAUGCAUUACAUCGAUCGAAGCGCUGUGUCGUUGUUACUGGCGCGGGAAUUUCCGUUUCGGGCGGCAUUCCGGACUUUCGGUCAGCCAAUGGACUUUACAACCUAGUGAAAGAUAGAUAUCCAAGCGCCGUCCUUAAAGGCAAAGACCUAUUCGAUGCGUCCUUAUUUCGCGACCCGAUUACAACCUCGGUCUUCUAUACAUUCAUGGCCGAACUCAAGCAAGUGGUUUCCAAGGCAUGCCCGACACGCACCCACGAGUUCGUCAAGUCGCUGGACAAGGACAACAAGCUCCUUCGAUGCUACACGCAGAAUAUCGACUGUCUAGAGGAACGUCUGGAGAUGUGCUGCGACAUGACCAAGAAGCAGGACUUGAGGAUCGUGCAGCUGCAUGGUGAUCUCAACAACGUCAUUUGCAAUAUGUGCAGGACAUUAUACCCGUUCGAUGACGUCAAGCGGGACAGCUUUAGGGAAGGGACGCCGCCUUCCUGCGAGAAUUGCGAGAAUUUGCAAGUAGUGAGAGAGCUGGCUGGGAAGCGAGCUGUUGCGGUCGGGACCUUGCGUCCCAAUGUUGUGCUCUAUAAUGAGCAUCAUACCCAAGGCGACCAAAUCGCCGAAGUCGCCGCCUUCGAUGUGAAGAAGCGGCCGGACAUGUUGAUUGUCAUGGGAACAUCCCUCAAAGUCGUCGGAAUCAAACGGCUAGUCAAGGAGCUAGGGAAGUCCGUUCACAGCGCCGCCAAACCGGGCACCGUCCUCUUCAUCAACAACGCAGACGUAGGAUCGCAUAGCGAGUGGGACAGCGUGUUUGAUUACCAUAUUUUGGGCAAGACGGACGAUGUUGUGGAACGGUUGGAGGAC